GCCGGGUUCAUAUUGCAAGGCCUCAGGCCUUCGCAUCCCUCAGCGCCUGUUUGCCACGCGGUCCUCGCGACUGCCAAUGUGGGCAUUUCCCCAAAAGGUCACACAAAUGAUUUAGGCGAUUUAUUCCCCAUCAGAUCCAAGCUGACCUCAUCCCUACUAAGGACAGCGCGACUUCCAUAACUGCUGUGGCCCAGAUUUCUCAGGAAAAGAUAAAAUGAAUAAUAAGAAGAAGCUGCGGAACUCAGGGACUGGCCUCCAUUCCCCAAAGCCUUCUAAGAACCCACGGCUGACAGACUCCCACGGAAGCCCCCAGAGCUCCAUGCUGGUCCACUCACAACACUCCAGAGAGCCAGCCAACAGCUCAGAACCUGCUGCCUCUGCAGAGCAAGCUGGGGAGGGACCACUGCCCGAAGUUUCCAGCUGCCCUGUGGAGGAUGCAGGAGCCGCCUCUGAUCUCCCAGGGUCCCCAGAAGAGCUGAGCCCCCUGCCUCCUUCCCAGGGUCCUCAACUAGAGGACCUAGAACUAGGAAAGUUCCUCAGAGUGCUUCAUUAUCUAAGGCCAGGGUCGAAUCUUUUAUUUCCACAGGGAACAGAGCCAGAGCUGGGUGCCCUCCAGGCGGGCAGCCAGCCACAGGAAAAGACCCCAGGGUUCCCUCUCCAUGAUGCCAAAACACCAGAAGACCAUACAUGGGUAGAUGCUACCUGCUCAAAGGCGAGGACUAUCUCACCAGAUAUCGGAAGCCCAGAGAACAAUGGUUUUGAGAUGCAGAGGACCACAGUUCAAGACAGUAGUAGCCAGGAAAGGCACCUAUCAGAUGCUGAUGCUGAAGGGAGGGAGGCAGAAAGAAGAGUCCCACAGGAAGGAGGUGCCCAAGGAGAGGGAGCAGGGGACCAGCAGUCUGAGGAGCCCCAGGAAGGAGAGGACAUCCUCUACACUUCAGCAUCAGUCUCUGCCUCAGACCCUACCACACCAUGCCUAAAGACCUGGUCUGUGACCCAAGACCUCCCUCUCCCCACACACGUUCUCAGCAGCCCAGCAGAUGCCCCUCUUAUGGACAGUGUCACCACAGAUGAGAGCUUAGAUCCCUCUGUGCUGCAACGGAGGGCUCCAGAGGUGGCUGGGCUGCUGGGCUCUCUGGAUGGGCAGACCCCUGGUGGAGGCUGCUGUGGGACUCUGCUGGGCUACACGCCUCUUGCUGAGGAGACCACAGCAGGCAGAGAGGAAGCCAGCUGGGAGGAGAGGUCCCCUGGAAACAUCCUAGGGAGCUUCACUGAGGCUGCAGUUCUUGGGAAACAAGAGCUCCUGGUGGAAACUGGAGAGUCAGGCCAUAUAGCCCAGGAAAUGGGUCCAGGGGUCAACACCAAGGACCCUGGCUCUGAUGGACAGUUGCUAGGAGUGACAGAAAUGCAGCCUUUACAGGCACAGCCCACAAGCCAAAAGGAAGUGGAGUUAAGUAGCCUGGACUGCCCUCAAGACUGUGAGGGCCUCAGUCUGUCCCCUCAUGCCUCCUCUCAGCUAGAGCAUACUUGCUCAGCUAGUGACCUUCCCCAGGAGACCAAAGCCUGUCACAGCAGCCCAGACAUUCCCACAGACCUGGCAGGGCAGCAGCAGACAGAUGUCAGUUCCAGAGACCAGGCUGCAUGGCAGGAGUCCUCAACAAUGGAACUAGACUUCCUGCCUGACAGCCAGAUACAGGGUGCCUUGGAUGACCCCAAUGUGGAGGCCCGACCUGACCAGGAUUUUGCUGCAGGGGAUGUGCCAGGCCUUGGCUGCCCUGUCCCUAACCCAAAUGCUGUUGGAGGAUCCCCAAAGGCAGUGGCCAAACCUCAGCCCAGACCCGCUAUAGGGACCUGGGCCCAGGAGGCCUGCAGGAUGCAAGAUGCCACAGACACGGUGCGAGGCCUCGUGGUGGAGCUUUCCAGUCUCAACCGGCUGAUUAUGAGCACCCACCGGGACCUGGAGGCCUUCAAGCGCAGGAAGACCAAACCUCUGCCUUACCUGACAAAGGGGUUGGGGAGCCUUGCUAGAGGGGAUCAGGGCUGGAGGGACCUGUAG